CGGCACCCUCUGAUUACUAGAGAAAUAAAAAAAAAACGUUUAUUUGCAGUCUGACCAGAGCGACUUUUUAAAUAUAUUGGUUCAAUUGAAUAGCCGCGAUAAUAGGAUCUGGGGCGUAUUCAUUACGGAAACCGUUUACCGUUUAGAAAUCAAACGGAAGCAAAGAACAAACGGAACGAAACAGGGAAGGACCUAACUGAAUUUGACCAAUAUAAACUCUCGUCUGCGUUUUCCGUUUGGAGUAAACGGUUUGGAACAGAAUCUGCAUAAUGAUUACACCCCUGUUGUUACAACCCCCCACCCCAUGUAAACAACCCACGUGAAAGUGUUGACGUAUGUGUAUCGAUUACAUACAUACCACUACAACCGCUUGCGAGCACGCUAAAACGCAUUAGAUUCAGCCCAAUUGCAAAUAUGUAUAUUAUUAUAAGUUAUACAUGCUGUGCAAGCGCGGGAUGGUUCGUCUGAAAAUUGCAUACCCAGCUAACAUUAGCAAACAACUCGUAACACAAGUCAAUGUUAAGUCACGUGGUGCGAGUAGGGCGGCCAUCUUUCUCUUAAAACACAAACAACAAGAAUAGCGAGCAGACUUCUCGACUAGACAUCAACACGCAGCGACCGAAUUGAACACGACUGCAUGAGAGUAUCAAUACCAUUCUGUUGGAGGAGGAUGUUUACAGAAAGAGAAAGGAAACCAAUGCAUAUGAAUUAAAACCGAAGAUUGUACACAACAAAACGUAUUUGAAAAAUAAACUACAUUAAUUCAGAAAGCCGUUUGAAGGGAGGCGGACAGAAAUCAAAGGUGUCGUCACCUAGAGGGUCACAGUCAAGCCACCUUUCAAUUGGAGAGAGAACGACAGGAGAGAAGGAGGGAGAGUCGCAUCUGCUCCUGGCAGCUGUUCCAGCAGCCUGUUCUGUUUUCCCCUGCGUUUGGAUUUAAAUUGAGAAUAAUCUUUAUUUUUUAAUGUCAAAUGUGAUAUUACUGCUGUUGUCGUAAUCAUUAUUGUUACUAUCGAGUAUUUUAUUUUUGUUUUUCGUCAACUCGUUUUCGGAUUAUUGCAGUUUCUUUGUUCUUGUUUUUAUUUUUAAGACUUUUUUUUUCCCAGCUGUGAGCCGAGGCUUCUUCCAAACUGUCCUCAUAUCCAUACCAGUACUCUACCCCCCCAUACACACCUGAAACAGGCAGCUAUUCUCUAUCUCUGUGUGUGUUGGGGAGCUCUGUUACCACAGCUGUGUAAGCACCACUCAGCCUUCUCACCUAAGCCUAACUAAGCCAGUCCUAGCCUGAUCCAGCCAAGUCCAGCCUGGUCCACUCUUCUGGACAGGAUACUCAGCUCUGUGAAGACGUGAGGAAUAUGACUGCUGAGACACUUAACUUCGGCCCAGAAUGGCUCCGUGCACUAUCCAGUGGGGGGAGUGUGACGUCCCCCCCUCCUUCCCCCGCCAUGCCAAAGUACAAGCUGGCCGAGUAUCGCUACGGCCGGGAGGAGAUGUUAGCACUUUAUAUCAAAGAGAACAAGGCCCCAGAGGACAUGCAGGAUAAGGAGUUUGCUGCUAUUCUGCAAGAUGAGCCCAUGCAGCCGCUGGCACUGGAGCCUCUCACUGAGGAGGAGCAGAGAAACUUCUCCAUGUCUGUGAACAGCGUGGCUGUGAUGAGGCUCAUGGGUAAAGGAGGUGGAGUCGCCCCAGCGGGCGUGGCCCGAGGCAGAGGCGCCACACGAGGAGGAGGCCGAGGGCGAGGCCGAGGAGAGAGUGGAGGAUUCUACCAAAGAAGUAUUGAGGAGGGAGAGGUGGGCUUCGGCCGCGGAAACAGAGAAAUCUAUCGCAGCCAGAGCUGGGAUGACAGGGGCGAGAGGCGUUUUGAGAAGCCUGCGCGUGCCAGGGAGGGUGUACGUGUUGGAUUAGAGGAGGUGACGGGUGUCCCUGUGCCGGGGGUGCCGAGGAAGGACUACACACGGUCCGACAGUGAGAACUGGCGUACCCUCCGAGAGGAGCAGGAGGAAGAGGAGGGGGCCGACCCAGGAGGCAGCUGGAGACUGGCCGGAGCACGUAGAUUAGAUGACGGAGGUCCAAGGUCAGCAGGCUGGCGGGAGCAUGACGGUCCGGUUGAGGGGCGUCGCAGGAAGUUUGAGUUUGACUUCGGCGGAGGUCGCAAGCGGGCUGGGAGCGAGGGGUUAGAGGACGACAGAGACGGACUGCCUGAGUGGUGCACUGAUGAAGAGGAAGGAGAGAUGGGCACCUUUGACGCAUCCGGAGCCUUCCUCCCCCUAUCCAAGGAUGGGAAGGAUGAGGAGUUUGACUUCCAGGGGAUUGAGGAGGAGGAGGAAGAGGGGGAGAGCCUGUCUGACAUGGAGAGGAUCAUGAAUGGAGGACAGAGAGUUGACAUAAAGGAAUCAGCCAGUGAUGGGGAGGUGAAGAACAGAACCAGUCCCCCCUCCUCCUCUCCCCCUGCCCCUCCAGCCCUGGGCCUCAAUCCCCCCAUGCCCCAGCUCUCCCUCACCGUGGCCGAGCUGGAGGCCUCUCAGAUGGCCAACAGCCACCCUCUUCCUGUUCCUCUCCCUCUUCCUGUUCCUCUCCCUCUUCCUGCUCCUCUCCCUGUUCCUGUCCCUGCCAAGGCCAGCAAGAUGCCAAGUGAAGUAGUUCCUGAAGGAUCACCAGCAGGGGGCUCCAACACCCAGCAGAGUCACAGCACCACCUCCAGUCUGCCUCCACCCCCUCACUCCUCCUCCUCUGCUGCUACCCACCUCCCCCCGCCACCGGGGGGCGACACCGAGGACGACGAGGGCAUGAAGCACCUGCAACAGGAGGCAGAGAAGAUGGUGGCGUCCCUGCAGGACACGUCUCUAGAGGAGGAGGAGUGUUUUACCCAGACUCUGCAGGAGAGAAGAAACACAGCCUCCGCCCUGCCCCUCUCCCACGACGCAGCCAUGAAGUGGUUCUACAAGGACCCACAGGCAGAGAUCCAGGGUCCGUUCACCACCCUGGAGAUGUGUGAGUGGUUCCAGGCGGGCUACUUCUCCAUGUCUCUGCUGGUAAAGAGGGGCUGCGACGAGGGCUUCCAGCCGCUGGGCGACGUCAUCAAGAUGUGGGGGCGCGUGCCUUUCGCCCCCGGGCCCUCCCCGCCGCCCCUGCUGGUGAGACCUCCACCACCGCGCCCUCAGCCGCUGCCACCCCGGGGUCCUGCUGUGAGUGAGGGUAACAUGGAUCAGGAUCGUCUGAAGAAGCAGCAGCAACAGGACUUGGCAGCAGCAACCCUCUAUCAACAGCUCCAACAGCAGCAGCAGCUAUUCCAGCUCAUCAACAGGUGUGGAGAGCAGGGUAUGAUGCCUUCAGUGAACAGGUCGAUGUCAGUGCCAGAUACAGGGUCCAUGUGGGACAUGCAUACCUCAGCUUCACAGCAAUCAGGCGGUGAAGCCAGUUUAUGGGACUUAACAAUGAAUUCUUCAACUCAGGGUCCAACUCUCGAACAGCUUCAGAAGCUCCAGCAGGAGAGGAGGGAGGCUGAACUCAGGACGAAGCGCGAAGAGGAGGAGCAGCGCAAGAGGAGAGAGGAGAAAAGGAGGCAGCAGGAGGAGCAGAAGAGGAGGGAGGAGGAGGAGAUCUUCAGACGCAAACAGUGUCGCCAGCAGCAAGAGCUGAUCAUGAAGCUCCUUCAGCAGGCCCCCCAGCAGGGCUCAGGCUCCGGGGUGGGGUCUGGCUGGGGCACUGGGGGCCUCAACAAGCCAGGGGCCAAGGGCCUCAGUCUGCUGGACAUGCAGGAGGCCGAGAGGGUUCUCAAACAGCAGCAGAGAGCCCAGCAGCAACAGAGGGAACGCCAUCAAGGCCUGUCCAUGGGGGGUUCCUCCAUGGGUCAGUGGGGGGACGGAGGUGCUGUCCCAGGGGGCCUGUGGGGAGGCGGGGGGGGGAUGGAGGGUAAGACUGGGGGCGGAGGAGGGUCCGGAGGGGGCAUGGGUCUGUGGGAGGAGGCGGUGAAGAACCAGUCCAGAAGCGGCAGCAUGCAGGGUCUGAAGAACAGCCGCAGCAGCCCGUCACUCAGUGAGCAGUAUAUGUUGAGCCGUAGGAAGCAGCGUACGGAGGAGGAGGACAAGCUGCUGAAGCUGCUGCAGGGCAUCAAGACGCCUCAGGACGGAUUCACCACCUGGUGUGAACAGAUGCUGCAUGCCCUCAACACCCAAGCCAACAACACCUCCUCCCCACUGGACGUGUCCACCAUCGUGGCGUACCUGAAGGAGGUAGAGUCUCCAUACGAGGUGUUGGACUUUAUCUGCUCCUACCUGGGAGACACUAUGGAAGCCAAAGUGUUCGCCAAGCAGUUCCUGGAGCGCCGUGCCAAACAGAAACAGAACCAGAAGAGGCAGCAGGAGCAGCUAUCAAAGGAAGUAGCAGGGCUGACCAUGAACAACUUCCCUCUGCAGGACUCCAUGCGGGGGGUGAACCCCAGCGCCCUGCAGUCCGUGUUCCAGGCGGCCCACAUGGCUAAGGGAGGGAUGUACGACGCCCAGGGGGGCAUGAAGAAGAAGAAACAACCCGUGAUGCUGCAGUCUGACCCCAGCAUCCUAGGCUACUCAUUCCACAACGCGGGCGAGCGUCUGAGCCUGACUGAGAUGGAGAUGGUGGAGGAUUACUGAUCCAGAUCUGAUCAGCAGCGGCAAUAGCUACUACCUGAGGCCUUCUGUCUACUAAUCAGACAAACCUGAUGACGAAUGUGCACUGCUAGGGGAUGGGAGAGAGAGGGGGGGAGCUCGUAUGGGGACAGGAAGGAGAGGAUUGUUUCACUGCCUCCCCAGAAAAGAGCAGGGCUCCUCUCCUUCAAUCGUUCACUUGAGUUGGGAGCGGGAUGGGGUGAAAGCGGGAGUGAUGGGUAUCCCUUGGCACUUGUAAGACUAAGCACCUUAAACUGAACUAAUGCACUUUAUUAUUAAGAGGGGGUUGAAUCUUUUUUUGUUUUUGUUUUUACGAAUACAGAAUCAGUGUACGUACGGUGUGUGUGUGUAUUGAAUCUACAUGCGAUGCCGUACGUAUACAUGUGAAAAUCUGAACUGGAAGGGUGAGGUGUAUGAUUGGUGGGAUAGGCUCACUGGGAGGGGGAACUCAAAGGUAGAGGGGACCUUUAUUUUGAAACCUUAUCAGAAAAACCAAUCCUUUAAAGACAAACACUGUUGAUGUUUUUUUUUUAAGACAAUACAUUUAUAUAAAAAGUAAAGCUAUUACAAAAAAAUUGAUACAAAAAAACUUGAAGAUUUGCACUUGUGUUAAAAAAAGAAAGAUAAAACAAAAAACAAAAACAAAUGAGGUUAGGUAUAGAGAUUAAUAUUUUGUGUGUGUGAAUGUGUGAGGGCCGGUGUGUAUCAGAAACAUACUAGUCUGCACAAUGUAUAUAUUUUUUCCAUUGCUUACCAAGAUGUAUGAAAACACAACAGGCCAUUAUGUCAUUUGGUUCAAAUGAGAUUUUUUUUUUUUUCAUGAGUAGAAUGUCUGUCCUCUUCUACAGAGAGACUUUCUUUGUAUACUUGUGUGUGAGACAGAGAGAGGGGGCAAUCCCACAACACAUCCUUUCUCUCACCAGCUCUUCAUCCCCAGAUAGACGUAGUAGAAAUACAUACAUUUGUAGAGGAGGAUUAUGGCUUAUGUUGUUGACCACCACUUGUUUAUUUUUUUCUGGGGGUUUUUGGGGUACGGGUCUUCUCUCAGCCACAGUCUCUGAGCCUCUGUGAGGUUUCAAACAGACGGGUGAGGAUCUUUAGUGUGUGUGUGUGUGUGUGCGCACGCCUGUUUCUUUACUAAUCAUAGCAAAGAAGUGAUCCCUACAGGUACCCAUCUCUGUGUGAAUAUGCAUGCACAUUUUUGCCUUAGAACUCUGAAAGGGUGAAUGGGAGGGAAUGUUCAAUGGCCAUUGAGACAUUAACUACUUUUUGAGUGUACUGUUAUGUUAAAGGAGAAUUUAACUAUUUUUAGGGACUUCAUCUUUAUUUUUGAUGUAAAUGGCAUGUUAUAUAUAUUUUUUGCAAUUUCACUUGGUUUUGAGAAACUUACACCAGCAGCGAUUUGACUUCCUGAGCCUCAUUCUGGAGUUCCAGGGCAUCCAAAAAAAAUGAACAAAGUCUCCAAAAACACCCAAAUAUGUCCUUUUACAAAUGUGUCCUUUUCUCAGUAUCGUGAUGCAGGUCUUUUAGAUGCUGUACACAUGAAAGUGUCAUUCCAAACUUUAUUCACAAUGUUAUAAUCCAUUUUGUGGAACUCAAGCGAUAUUGGCAUGCAUGCGUGUACUUCCUUGUUCCCAAUUCCUCUCGCUACUGUGCGCUACAGGUAACUACAAAAAUAAAGCAAACACUUGAGUAAAUGAAGCUUUUCUGGCGGCUCGUGGUGGCCCAACACCCUAUUAAGACACCAUGUUGGUGUUUUCUUUAUUUUUAUACCUGUAGCUAGUUACUUUGUCUGUACACGCAUGCAAGCGCAGGAAAUUGUGGCUCGCGUUCCACAAAAUGGAUUAUGACGUUGCGGAUAAAGUUAGGAAUGACACAUUUUCAUGUGUACAGCAUCUAAAGACCUGCAUCAAGAUACAGAGCUUUGCUGUUUGUAAAAGGGGGUGUUUUGGAGACUUUGUUCAUGUUUUUUGGAUGCCCUGGAACUCCAGGCUCAGGAAGUCAAUCCCUGCUGGGGUAAGUUUUUCAAAACCAAGUGAAAUUGCAAAAAGAAGUGUCAGGAAACCUUCUAGAACAAAAUAAAGAUUAGGUUCUUAAUUAAAUUCUCUUUUAAGCGCUCUGCACGGUCAAUGUGCAUGUCAGUCGUAUAUCUUAAUAUUUCUAGUAUAGCCUGGGGAUGAUGAUGAUUCUUUGCAAGGUUAGUUCGGUUUAGCUUUCCUGGGAUGUGAUCACGUUGCCUUGUCGGCUCUCUUUAACUUGCGUGUGAAAGAUGUUGAGUUUCAGAUUCUGCUCAAAACAAUUGGCAUCAAACUGUCUGUGUACAGGAUGGUGCACAAAAUGUUAGCAUAUUCUUGUUACUUAUUAAUUGUUGUUACUAUUGAUGGUGGUGACAUUUCUUUUUUUUCUGAAUAUAAAUGAACAUUUCUAUGAAUAUAUAUAUAUAUAUAUACAAAGAAAAAAAAAAAGUAUUUGGACUAAGAUUAUGAUGAGCACUUGGGGCUGCUAUUUUAUGUUAUUUUAUCAUUACCGCCAUGUGAAGUGCGUUUGUUAUUUCUUUCUUAAGAAAACAUUGAAUGUAUUCCCCCCUCCAAAAAAAAAGACAAGAAACCGUGAUGAUACCGGAUAUUUUCCUCACAAUUUCAACAACAACAAAAAAACUCAGAUUGAAGAGGUCUUUCCUCUUUUCUUUGUUUACACAGAGGAAGAACUCGGGAUGGCUACAGUUGAUCCCGCUGCCUCCGCAAUCCUGUUCUUACGAAAACAAUAUUACUAUGAAAAAUAAAGAAGACUCUUUUUUCUAUUCCUUACUGGAGUUUGGUUGUUUACAAAACACACAGAUUUCUGUGGGUGCAGUUUUUUUUGUGUAGGGGUGGGGUUUUGCAAGUGUGCUUUUGCAAUAUGGACAUUCAUUGGCGUACAUUGUUUUUGGCGGGGAGGAGGAAUGACAUCACAAUGUGACGGACAAUAUCCUUGCCCUUUGACCCUUAAGUGGGCGUGGCUCUUUGGAACUGACUGAUCCUCAAGGAGCGUAGGAGAAAGAAAUCAACAACAAGAAAAUUGUAUUUUGUUGGUUUUGGGGGAGUUUAUUAGUGUGGCUUCUGGUUUCAUUUUUUAUUUUAUUUUUUUAUUUACUGCAUAUAUUGAAAGGAGUAGAAAGCUUUAUAAAAAAAAGCAGAGCACAGCAGAGGAGUUUUUGGUACUUCGAACACUAAACAACAAUAUCAUCGCUUUAAUACAACAAAAUUGCCCUGGAGUGAAACUAUGGAGUUUCAUUUUUUUUAUCCACAAAAGUAAAAGAAACAAAGAUGGACAAACCUGUGAGGGGUGGACAAGAAUAAAGGGAAUUUGAAGAUUUUGUAAAACUGUACAUACACAUGACGUUGACCUCAAAUCUACCAUUUCAUUUGAUUGGACUGUGCAGGCAGAAUUUGUUCCUUUUUAUUAUAAUUUUUUAAAAGGGGGCUCAGGGUGUGCAGUGGGAGUGUAUUAACCCUGCAAUGAGGGGAAAUGGAAGGGUACUAGUACUGAUCCCUGGGGGACACCCCUCAACACUCACACCCUGCCCUGACACUCACUAUGCACUUUCAAACUGAGGUUCCAUCACAUUUGGGACGGGAGCACAGAAAUAUUAUAGUACAAAGGGAGGGUUGGAAAAUGUAACUUUAUGAGUUUAGUUAACCAUCUCACUGAAAAAAAAGAGAUUCAAACCGAAACGAAAGACUUAGGAACACACCUUCUUCCUCCUGUACAUAACCAUAUUUUUGUAUGACCUUUUUUAGAAAAUCACUUGGCGAAAACUACAAGGCUUGAUUUAAAAAACAAA